AUGCGUAAAUACAACUUAGAAUAUAUUUUAGUGACAAAUCCAUCUGCACUUGUGUAUCAUGUCAAAGAUUUGUGUACAAAAGAUGAGUUGUGUGUACGCGAAGUGGAAAUAUUACAGAAUGAUGAAUUGAGGAUCAAAUCACACAUACUAUUUCAUGAGAUAUGCCGAGAGUUCAUUGCUCAUCAGUGUCACAUGCCAGUUACUCCGAUGCCUGACUUUUGUGAUUCUCUAACAGAAACACUGAAGCAACUUCUGGAACGUCACAAUGAUGAAGUGUUCUCAUUGUCACAUGAAACUGAUGAAUUAGGCAAUAUGAUAUUACUGGAUCCGAUCAACGAGAUUUUUGACGUACUUUUCUUACUUUGCAUAUAUGCUCCUAAAAAGUGUACUUAUCUGAUUGCUAAUACUGUCCAAAAUAUUUGUAUUGUUGAUGCAGAUUCAUUCAGAGCAGCUACAAUGAAAGGAUUUUUCACCAAAAUUUGGGCCAAGACAAAAACCAAAUUUGAAGGAAGUUCAAGUGACCACAAAUUAUUGGCAUCAUAUCUUAUUGAAACGACUUUUCUUCCAUCUAUGUUACGAUAUCAUAUCAGCCGUGGAUUUUCAUUAACAGAAUUGAUUCCACUAAAUUUCUGUUUAUACAUUCACAGUAACGAUAUCAAUGUUAACGAAUGGUUUUUAUGCGAUAAUCACUUCUCUAUUGCAAAAUGUGGACGAGCAUUUAUCGAGCAUCAUUUAUGGACAGUCACAGGAAAUCUUUUGAUAACAGCAAGUUCAGAAGCUAUCAUCAAAGGUCGAUUCGUAGUCAGUAACACGUGA